AUGCCCGACUUUAGCGCCGCGAGCAAGACCAAUGACAGCAGCUGCAACUCGCAAUGUUCGACUGAAACAUCCAUUUCAUGCGGAGGGAACUAUGUGAUGUCUUUGUAUCAAAUCUUAGAUCCACGAGUGAACGCAACGAACACCGGCUUCGUGCCAGCCUGCCAAACGCAACCCCUCUGCAGUCACCAAGUCUGUGAUACUUCAUGGAGCAUUGCUGAGCGAGUGAGCUCACUCGUUAAUUCCCUGACAGUGGAAGAAAAGAUUCUUAAUGUUGUCGAUGCUUCAGCCGGAUCUGAACGCCUUGGGUUGCCAUCCUACGAAUGGUGGAAUGAAGCAACCCAUGGUGUUGGCUCGGCACCAGGUGUUCAAUUCACCUCAAAGCCAGCCGGUUUCAGUUAUGCCACCAGCUUCCCUUCACCAAUACUCACAGCGGCCUCCUUUGACGACGCUCUAAUCCGUGCAAUAGCUAAUGUAAUUGGCAAGGAAGGACGAGCAUUUGCCAACAACGGGUUUUCUGGAUUCGAUUUCUGGGCUCCAAAUAUCAAUGGUUUCAGAGAUCCUCGAUGGGGAAGAGGGCAAGAGACGCCUGGUGAGGAUAUAUUUGUUGUGCAGAGUUAUAUCCGCAAUUUCGUUCCGGGACUUCAGGGUGACGACCCUGAGGACAAGCAAGUUAUUGCAACAUGCAAGCACUUCGCGGUCUACGACCUGGAGACGGGCAGAUACGGGAAUAACUAUGACCCUACCCAGCAGGACCUGGCUGAAUACUUCCUGGCUCCAUUUAAGACCUGCGUACGCGACACGGGUGUAGGAAGCAUCAUGUGUUCAUACAACGCAGUUUCCGGUAUCCCAGCUUGUGCGAACGAAUACCUUCUUGAAGAGGUGCUGAGAAAGCACUGGAAUUUCACUGCAGAUUAUAACUACGUUGUGUCUGACUGCGGAGCGGUCACAGACAUCUGGCAAUACCACAACUUCACUGACACCGAAGAAGGUGCAGCCUCCGUUGCUCUGAACGCCGGAGUUGAUUUGGAAUGUGGUUCUUCGUACCUGAAGCUCAACGAAUCUCUUGCAGCAAAACAGAUAUCGGUGCAAGCCUUAGACCAGGCACUGACAAGGCUAUAUUCGGCGUUGUUUACGGUCGGCUUCUUCGAUGGCGGAAAGUACAGUGAUCUCGAUUUCUCCGACGUUUCUACCCCUGCCGCACAAGCUCUCGCGUAUGAGGCUGCAGUCGAAGGCAUGACGCUUCUCAAAAAUGACAAACUUCUUCCCCUGGGUCCUGCGCAUAAAUUCAAAACCGUUGCCGUGGUUGGCCCGUUUGCAAAUGCCACGACUCAGAUGCAAGGUGACUACUCAGGUAUUCCGCCAUUCUUAGUGAGCCCAUUGGAAGCAUUCGAGGGCUACCAUGGCUGGAAAGUGAAUUAUGCCUUGGGUACAGCAAUCCAUGAUCAGAACACUACUGGAUUCGACCUGGCCCUUGCGGCCGCAGAGAAGUCUGAUUUGAUAAUCUACCUCGGUGGCAUUGACAAUUCCAUAGAGGCCGAAACGCUUGACCGAACUUCGCUCACUUGGCCACAAAACCAACUCGAUCUUAUCACAAAUCUAUCGAAGCUUUCUAUUCCUAUGACCGUUGUCCAAUUUGGUGGUGGCCAACUUGAUGACAGCGCCCUCUUGCAGAAUGAAGGAAUUCAAGCUCUAGUUUGGGCCGGGUAUCCUAGUCAAAGUGGCGGCCCUGCCCUGCUUGAUGUCCUUCUUGGCAGAAGAUCGCUGGCUGGCAGACUACCGGUCACACAAUAUCCAGCCAGCUAUGCCGAUGAAGUAAGCAUUUUCGACAUCAACCUUCGCCCUGAUUUGAAUGGUUCAUAUCCUGGGCGAACGUAUAAAUGGUACACUGGAAACCCUGUGGUCCCAUUCGGCUACGGGCUUCACUACACGGAGUUCGAAUUUGAGUGGGAGGAAGCUUUGGAAUGUGAGUAUAACAUUCAGCAGCUUAUUGCCUCCUACCAAACAGAUAUUAGUGGCACCAUUAACGACAACACACCCUUUGCCACUGUCAAAGCGCGGGUAAAAAAUGUUGGCCAUGAAGCUUCCGAUUACGUUAGCUUGUUAUUCCUUUCGAGCGACGAUGCAGGCCCGAUUCCGCGACCAAAUAAAUCCCUGGUGUCUUACUUGCGCCUCCACAAUAUUAAAAGCGGAAGCGAAGAAGUAUCAGACUUGCCACUUACUCUCGGCUCAUUGGCCAGGGCCGAUGAGAAUGGAAGUCUCGUUAUUUUCCCAGGGCAUUACAAGAUUGCAUUGGACAUAUUCGAAAGCUUGACUUUCGAAUUUUCGCUGCAAGGGUAUCCAGCGGUAAUCGAUACACUUCCCGUGCCUGAUGCACAGUAUAACUUUACUGUACCAGUCCAUAUUGAGCCAGCGUCCACCGAAGCACAUUCAUGA